UGCGGGUCCCAUCCCCGCGGCUCGGCGAGCCCCCGCGCGCCGUGGCGGCGGGACAGCAUCUCCCGCCACCGCUGUCGGGGAUUAGCGAGCUCCGGCCACGCGGCGGGAUUAGCCCGCGUGGACGCGGCGCCGGGCCCGGGGAUUACCGCGCUCCCCCCGCCCCGACGGAUAUAUACCCCGAGGCGGCGGCGGCGGCGGGCCGGCCGAGAUGGCGGCGGCGGGGGGCGCGGCGAGCCGCGGGGGCCCCGGGCGGCCCUGCCCCUUCUCCAUCGAGCACAUCCUCUCCAGUCUGCCCGAGCGAAGCCCCCCGGCCCGGGCCGCCCGCCCGCCGCCGCCCGCCGGCCGCCCGAGCCCCGCGGAGCCCGGGGAGCCCGGGGCGCCCGAGGCCGCGCCCUGCGCCUGCUGCUGCUGCUGCGGCGUCCGGCGGCCCCCGGAGCCGGCCGCGCGGCUGGGCGCGCGGCUGCCGUGGCCGCUGAGGCUGGGGCCCCCGGCGCCCCCGCCCUUGGCCGCGCCGCCGGGGAGCUCGGGGGCCCUGUCCGCCCCCGGCGGCCCCGGCCCGCAGCGGCGCACGCGGCGCCACCGCACCAUCUUCAGCGAGGAGCAGCUGCAGGCGCUGGAGGCGCUCUUCCUGCGGAACCAGUACCCCGACGUGGGCACGCGGGAGCGCCUGGCCGGCCGCAUCCGCCUGCGCGAGGAGCGCGUGGAGGUUUGGUUCAAGAACCGCCGCGCCAAAUGGCGACACCAGAAGCGGGCGUCCGCGGCUGCGAGGCUCCUGCCCGGAGCCAAGAAGCCACCCAAGGAGCAGUGCUGAUGCGCCGCGAGCUGCUCCUCGGCUUGGCCUCGGGCGGCUCGUAGAGACGGCAGUCAGCCCUGCCCGGAAACGAGUGGGGGGAGGACCCCUGCCUCUUGCCGUCGGCACAGCGUCC